UAAAAAUUUUGAUAGCACACUAAUGGUAGCCUUAAUCAGGAAGCUGACAAACUUACCCCCACCAACAGGUGGAUAUGACAAAUUACCAAAGAGGGAAGAAACAACACCCGCAGCUGACUUGGCAAGAAUCAAAUACUACAGUAACAUGUUCCUUAAAGAUGAUAUUAGAGAUAGAGAGAUCGAGUCUGCAUUCUUUACUACUGUCUGGAGGGAUAUCACUGGGGCUAUAGGAAGACUAGGGGGCCCAGAAAUGAUUAUGGAGUGUGAAGAGCUUAAAACUAAAUAUGUAAACCAUACCCGAUACCAACAAUCGUACAUAAAAGGAGUUGACAAACAACCGGCAUUAUCUGCUACAGUUCCAUCUUUAGAGCGGUUGACAAGUUUUCAACAUGAAGGAAAAGUUAAAGAUAGUCAAACGGUGUUCCCAUACAAAGAAUUACUUGAUUUAUCAAUUUCAUCGCCUUCACCUCAAAUUCUGAUUGGUCCGCCUAGUAGAAAGAUAUCAAAUCUGGACCACCAGAAGAUAUUGAAUGAUUCUUCGUCGGAAGAAGAUCUGCAUGGUUCUGGGCUGUUUUCUCCAUUAGUUUCUCAAGCGAAAGUAAGAAGUUUAAAGCCGUCUAGUUUGUUAACGUCUGCAUAUUUUCCGGCAGACGGCGACAUAAAUGAAGAUAAAGAAAUUGUGUCCAGUGGUCUCGAUUCGUUUGACGAGAAGGAAAAAGAGAAAUAUGCCUUGACCGUUUUGGAAAAAGGUGUCAAAAUAACUUUUCUAUUACUUUGUAUAAAUUGCUUAUUUUUUACCAAUUUCGAAGGGGUUAAAUUCAAAAUCUUGAUUGUUUGGAUUAUUUGA